UUUAUUGGGCAAGCUGAGUUCUUUCUGACUAGGGAGUACGUAAGUGACGUGUUUCGACGUGCUUAAUCGGAGUAUCCGCCCCUUUUCGAUUCAAUGUAUCAAACAAGUGACUAAUUUUAAGGUAGGGGAGAGGGGAGGGUGAUUGGGAAGCCGAAUUGCGAAAUAAUUUCACAGUCUGGAAGACAGGAUAUUCAACUUCUGCGCAUAAUAGAGAUCGGGUGUAAAGUGUCUAACAGUGACUCGCCAUGAUUAAGAUCAAAAAGAUUUGCUGUAUUGGGGCUGGUUAUGUAGGGGGACCAACCUGCAGUGUGAUUGCCCAAAUGUGCCCUGACAUUCAAGUUACAGUUGUGGACGUAAACAGUACACGUAUUAAUGCAUGGAACUCGAACAGGCUUCCAAUCUAUGAGCCUGGACUGCAAGAAGUGGUUGAAUCCUGCAGAGGAAAGAAUUUGUUUUUCUCCAGUGACAUUGAUGCAGCCAUUCGUGAAGCAGAUCUUGUUUUUAUAUCUGUUAACACACCAACAAAAACUUUUGGCAUGGGUAAAGGUCGUGCAGCAGAUCUGAAGUACAUUGAAGCUUGUGCUCGGAGAAUUGUGGAUGCUUCAGAGGGAUAUAAAAUUGUCACUGAAAAAAGCACAGUACCAGUGAGGGCUGCAGAGAGCAUUCGACGUAUAUUUGAUUCCAACACAAAGCCUAACUUGAGCCUUCAGGCUGCCAAUGCAUUCCUUGCCCAGAGGAUCAGCAGUAUUAACUCUAUCAGUGCUUUAUGUGAAGCAACUGGGGCAGAUGUUGAAGAAGUAGCAAAAGCAAUUGGAAUGGACCAAAGAAUUGGCGAUAAAUUCCUUAAAGCCAGUGUUGGAUUUGGGGGCAGUUGCUUUCAAAAGGAUGUCCUGAAUCUGGUGUAUUUGUGUGAAGCUCUGAAUUUGCCUGAUGUAGCACGCUACUGGCAGCAGGUAAUACUGUUUUCAGUGUCUCAUUUGGUGACUGUAUGCAGUGAUCCAUAUGAAGCCUGUAACAGGGCUCAUGCCCUUGUCAUUUGCACAGAAUGGGACAUGUUCAAGGACCUGGACUAUGAACGUAUUUAUAAAACCAUGCUGAAACCGGCAUUUAUCUUUGAUGGCAGAAGAGUACUAGAUAAUCUCCAUACUAAACUUCAGAAUAUUGGUUUUCAGGUGGAAACAAUCGGGAAGAAAGUAGUCACCAAAAGGUUCCCUUUCACUGCUGCAGCUGACAUUCCAAAAUUUAGUCUGCAGGACCCACUUCCUUCUCCAGUGCAGAAGAAACCAAAAAUCUAAACAUUUACAAUGAAAUGCAAUGUUUCACUAGUAUUUGUCAUUUCGCAAAUCGUCCUUUGACCAGUUUGUUAUAACAGUAUUCACUUUUUAUACAUAUUUAUCUCUUGCUUAAUGUGCUAGUUUAUAUUUUACAUCUCCAGUACUGCCAUCAACAGCAGGCAGGAUAUGAAUAGUGGAGGUAUGUAACAUCCAGUGGGGGGGGGGGGGGGGUAAAAGAGAAAGAGAAGAUUGUUUGUUGGGAAUUAGGUUGCAUUUUCUGCUUAUGUACUGGAAAACAUUAUGCCAAGUACAGAAACUUCAUGGCAUGGUGGAUAGAUUAAAUAAAAUUAUAUGUUUUGAUUAUUUGCUGCAAUAGUGUUAACCAGGUACCAACAUAGUGACAGACUGCUAAUCAUGUAAUAAUCAGAUACCAACACAUUAUGUAGCAUGCAAACUUUAAGAACUGCACAGGUCUCAUCAGCUGAGAGUUAGUUGAUCACCAAAUGGUUAUGCACUGUUGUAGUGUAGCAGUAUUUCUUGAAAAUAAUGUUUUAUUCUGUUAAGCUGCUUUUGUAGAAUAUGAUGUUUUUUUUUUCAAUGCAUUUGAUACAGUAAGAAGUAUUUAUUUUUUUAACAAAUGUAAUCACCAGUGAUAUAUUUUCAUGUGUUUCCUGUCUUGGAAUGUAAUAUUGGCAUACCUUGGUACAGAACAUUUCUCUGAUGUUAUAAGAGGCCAUAGUCUAAAGUACUGUGGUCACCUGGCUCACCCUAACGUUUCUGUUGUCUGUCUUUGAUGGUUGCUGUUCCAAUGAAUCUUAGUGUAAGCCCACACUACAGAGUACCAGUACAGCCUUAGACAUUGUAUUACUGUAAAAGGCCCUGGUGCAGGAAUUAUUGUAGUCCACCAGGUGGUGAUGAGGACUGAGUCUUAAUACCUUUUGUUCAUAAACUGAGCUUUCAGUACACUGUAGCUUGGAUAUUUGACCCAUGUUUGAGUCCUACUACAGCUCACAACAAGUCAGGCAUCCAUACCUCCAUACCUCUGUGCUUGAGUUAAAAAAGGAGAGAGAGAGAGAUUUGGGUCUCGCUGCUCUGGCCUGUGAAAUAAACUAAUUCUGUGUACUAAUAGUUUCCCUUUUCUUACUUUUAGAUGUCUUUAUAUAUUAUAUAAGUUCAAUGGCUAAGAACUGUGAGAUUGAGUCUUAUUCAUAUGAAGUUAAGUGUUGCUGAAACCGGUAAAUGUAUACUAAGAUCCACAUAUGACAUUCCUUUUACAGACUGUCUUUUCCUUGCAUUUUGCCUGAAGAGACACCCUUAAUUAUAUAUCCAAACAUUUUCUAUACUCCCCUCAAAUUUUAAAUAUUUAUUUUAAUGGACAUCAUUUGUGGUGUUCUCAUACUAUAGAAAUCCUUACAGUAUAUAGAAAUUUCAGGGUUUACGUCUAACUUUAAAGUAUUGCUAUUUUCUUUAAAUUAGGCUAAUAAUCUUCACCUUUGUUAUAACAAGUAAAUGGUACAUAUGUUAAAUAUAAAUUGAGCUGUAUGCUGUUGUAUACAAAAUAUAUUUGAAGCAAAACUACCUUCUUAUUUCAUUUACUGUUGGAAAGCAGUGGUUGUCCAUUUGGUUGUUCUACUGCAUAAAUGUGUACGUUUUCUUUCCAUUUAUCACCCAGACUUGGAGGUACAAGGAUGAACGUGUCAUUCACUAACUCUUGCAGCUCAUGUGAAUGGAUGACUAUUCCAGUCACCAUCUGUAGUGACCCAUGUCAAAGGAGGAUCAUAACACUUCCUGACUGUGUUUGCCAAGUUCAGACAUGCCAGUCCAUUUGCUGUCAUCGUUUCCCACAAUUCAUUUGUACACAUUUGUAUUUGUCUUUAACAUACAGUCCAUCCAUGAGGAAUUUCCCUUCUUCAAUGCCUUACCUUAAAGGUGUGAUAGUCAUAGAUUAUUAUAGUGUUUAUAGUAUAGAAUUAAGCUUUAAAGAAAUCUGAUUUGAGAAAACUGUAUCUUUUGAACAUUUUGACCAUUUCAUUUAUUUCUGUUUCUUGCAAUGUUAUUUGAGUCAUGAUGCUUAAGUACAUUACCUCAGUAAAAAGAGGUAUGUUAUAGCGUAGUGUGACAGCAUAUUUUUGCAUGACAGUCAUAUUAAGGGACACAAGGAUGAGUGGUGUGUGUAGGUCUGGCUACCUUCUCUCCAGCUCGCAGUACUUUGAUUAAUGUGAUGGUGGAUGGCCCUGGACCAUGGUGCUUAGUACUAAUAAUGAUGGCUGUAAUUCUCUGAUAUAUUUGUGAUAGUUGUUUUCCGUGGAGAACCUGUCCCCUAUAACCUUGAACUAAGUAUUCAUACCCCCUGACCAGCUUGUCAUAUCUUGGGGUGAUAAGAAUAUUUAUCCCCUUAAUUCAUAGAUAUGUAGUCUUGGAAUUCUCAGACUGUUUUGCAUGCCUCACCCUUUUUCAUACUGGAAUUCCACAAAAAGGAUUUGGCAGUCUGUUCUUAAACAUGUGAUUUAAUAAUAAGCAGUAAGUGAUUAUAUCAAGGCAAAUAUUAAAAGUUCACUUGACCAUGUCUGAAUGUUUUGAUAUUUUUACGGAUAAUGGAAACUAUUUUAAGUUGCUAUUUUUUACAAAAUGUUUUAUUAAAGUUCAUUCUGCCUGCUGUGUUUCAUUUUGAAGGUAUGCAUCAUUUUAAUUGUACUAUAUGGAUGAGUACUUUAUGGAAUUCAGAAAAACAAUCUAUUAUAAAUAUGCAAAUACAAAGUCAUUUGAUUUUUACUAUAGAGUUAUACACUUAUUUCCAACGUGGCCACUAAGCAUUUUAUAUGAUUGUUUUCCUGCACCGAAAACUGUAAAAAUGUAUUACAGUUGAAAUGAGGCAAAUGGGAAAUAUCAUACAUACUAAAAAUAUUAAAAAAAAUAAAAAAAUGGGCUAUUAUAAAAUA